GGUACGCUCACGCCCAUCAGCUCCCGACUUUCGUUCUGGGAGGCGCUGACCGGGUGCCGAGAGGGCGCUGUGUGGAGUGCUACUCCCCCCACACACACACACCAAAGCAGCGUCCGUGUAAAGGUACUGAUUAAGAUGUAUGUGAUUUGGAGGAAUUCUGUUUCCUGUCUAAGGAUAAGAAAGGUGCCACAUAGAUUCCAAAGUGGUAAUCACCCAGUGGUCCCUCUGGGAUCAAGGAUUUUAACGGACCCAGCCAAAGUUUUUGAACAUAACAUGUGGGAUCACAUGCAAUGGUCCGAAGAAGAAGCAGCAGCAGCCAGGAAAAAGGUAGAGGAAAACUCGGCUGUGCGAGUUCUUCUGGAAGAACAAGUUAAGUAUGAGAAUGAAGCUAGUAAAUAUUGGGACACAUUUUAUAAGAUUCAUAAGAAUAAGUUUUUCAAGGAUCGUAAUUGGCUAUUGAGGGAAUUUCCUGAAAUUAUUCCAGUUGAUCAAAAAACUGAACAGAAGUUGCAAGAAUUAUCAUGGGAUCCUGCAAAAACUAGUGCCGCCGAUGGUUUCUCAAGAACACGCUGCCCUCCUGUGCCUGAAGAAAAAAAUCAUAAUCAGAAAAGGUGUGGCUCAUCAGACAGGCAAAGCCAAGCGGGAUCGCAGUUUUCCAGCCUAGACUCUGAAGAACACAGAAAAGGACCUCUGAAAACAGAAUUGUUUCCCGGGAGCAACGCCACUUUCAGAAUUCUAGAGGUUGGCUGUGGUGCUGGAAAUAGUGUUUUUCCAAUUUUGAACACUUUACGGAAUGCUCCAGAGUCCUUUCUUUAUUGUUGUGAUUUUGCUUCCAGAGCUGUGGAGCUAGUAAAGUUGCACUCGUCCUACAGAGCAGCCCAGUGUUGUGCCUUUGUCCAUGACGUCUGUGAUGAGGGCUUACCUUACCCUUUUCCAGAUGGGAUCCUGGAUGUCAUUCUCCUUGUCUUUGUGCUCUCUUCCAUUCAUCCUGACAGGAUGCAAGGCGUUGUAAACCGACUGUCCAACUUACUGAAACCUGGAGGAAUGCUGUUAUUUCGGGACUAUGGAAGAUAUGAUAAGACUCAGCUUCGUUUUAAAAGGGGGCAUUGCUUAUCUGAAAAUUUUUAUGUUCGAGGAGAUGGUACCAGAGCAUAUUUCUUUACAAAAGGGGAAGUCCACAAUAUGUUCUGCAAGGCUGGGUUAGACGAGAAGCAAAAUCUGGUUGAUCGUCGAUUACAAGUGAAUAGGAAAAAACAAGUGAAAAUGCACCGAGUGUGGGUUCAAGGCAAAUUCCAGAAACCAUUAUACUUGACUCAAAAAACGUCUAAAUUGGUAUUUUCACUCCUUUCUCACAGCUGA